AUGAAUACUAAUUUCCAAAUAACUAUUUAGACCUUCAAAUAACUUCAUGAACCCCUCUAAAAAUUGCCAAAGACUUGUCUCUUCACUGAAUUAUGUAAAACCAAGGACAAUAAGAUAACCAAGAAAAAAAUAUUUCAAACCAAAAAAGCAUGGCUUACUUGGAAGGAAAGCAUCACACGAGAACUAAUACAUUAAAGAACUCUCUCAGCCAUGUACCCUGGUAAAGUUCUUACCAUUCUUAAUUACACAGUCGAAACUAUCAACCAUCAGAGAAAUCUCUACAUUACGUAUGAUUGUGGGGACGAUGUCGAACCCUUAUUUCAAUAUUUGAACAACAACUCUGUUAGUUUUCAAGAACAGACCCAGAUAUUCGAAUAAUUAUUACAAAUCACUUGUAUCUUGCACAAGUCCCAAUUCGAACACACGAACCUGAAGCCAAACAAUAUAUUGUAUAAGAAUAAAUAAGUUCUAAUCACGGAUUUCGGAAGUGCAAGGACUAACUACCAAAACUUUCUAAAAUAGUAUUCGGCUUCAGCUGAAAAAGAUUGGUAGAAUAAUUUAAUAUUCUUCUACCCCCAAGAGUAUUAGAUCAUCAUGACAGAGGACAAUGUAGACUUUAGAGAGGAGAGUUGGGAAAAAUUAAAAGUUGAAAUGUCCAAUAAAAGCUUUAGAAAAAUGAUUGAUACUUGGGCUCUAUCCAUGAUGAUGAUGCAAGUUUUUGAAAACAAUCAAAUCUUGCCAAAUAAAUUACACGAUUAUUACGGAUUAAACAACGGAUUGCUGCUCCAGAAAAUUGAAAAACUCAAACAAUUCUCAGCUGGCAUCUACUCCGAGGUCAUUCACUCUCUAGUCAUCCAAAAGAUAGACCCAGAAUCAGUUUAUCAGAAGUUUCUUAAGUAAAAACAAAUGGUUAAGAGCGAAUCCUCCUCUAUGGAGUCAACUUUUACUAUCAAAUAGAUUUUUGACCUCGAACCUGAAGAUACCUAUUUCCCAUCCUAUAAACCUGAAAAUUAUUUCCUUGACAAAAAAGAAAUCAAAAAAAUUGAAGAACAAUAUGAUGAUGAUGCCUCCAGUGUUAUUAGUUCCACUUAUCAAAUUGAUGUGAUUGGCUAUACAGAAAACAAACCAAAUAACCUAACUCAAGUGCCCAAUCUAUUACCUCCCCUAAGAGGAGGUUAAGCGGGUAUUGGCAGAUAGAAGCCCUAAACCUAAAAAUAUGAUGUCGCUUAAAAUGGUCAAAUGAUUUUUGGAUUUUAAGAUAAAGAGGCACCAAAAGAUGACACUAAAAAAAGGAAUACAAUUAUGAUAACCAAUUAUGAUAUCUUAAAUUAAUAAAAUCAAGGAAGUUACUUUUAAGAACCUCCACCCCUUAAUGGCACUAAACCCCAUUAUCCAAUUCAAUCAGAGAUUUAUAACAACAAUGAAAAUCAAAAUUAAAUUUCACUGAAAAAAGUCUAAGAUAAACCUAAAGAAGGACGUCCUUCUAUUGUCUAAAAUGACCCAAAUGUAGAACUAGAAUUAAAUAAAAAUAAAUCAUUGAAUCCUUUAUCAAUUAUUUCAGUGGCCGAUUUUGUAGACAAAGAUUCUGAGAAUAACUCACCACGAUUUCCGUAAAAUCAAACUUCAAAUUUUUAAUUUUUAGAGGCUCAAAAUCUAGAUGCUUUUAAGGAGAAAGGUGAUUAUUAUGGAGGGGGAGGAGGUGAUUUUAUCAAUACUUUCGAAAACUUUUAAAUUGCUAAUUUACAACCUGAUAAUUUAUUAUAGUUUGAAGAUCCGAAUUAUAAUCCAAAUAACACAGGAAGAUUUAUAGGGUCCCAGGAUUAAUUAUAACCACAUAAAAAAUUCAUUGAUUUAUUGGAAAUAGAUGAUUAAGACAAUUAAUACAAACCUCCAAUUUAAAAUCAACCUAAUAAGGAAAUAAUUAAACCUGAUCAGCAAGAAGAAGCUAAUUUAAUAUAAGUCGAUCCAAAAGAUAAAAAAAUGCCAGAUUAAAUUAUCCCUUAAAAAGGGAGCUUAAUUAUUCUCAAUGCGAACUAAAAUGGGAUUCCAAUUAUGGAAAUUAGAGAUCUAGCCAAAAUCACGAAACCACUAGUGCCUAUCUUACAAUAAACUGAUGAUUAUGAUAACUUAAAUAACGAAGAUUUCAAGUUGGUUCAAAUUUCUGAAAAUGAUGAUAAUGAUAAAGGCUUUGUGGAAAAAGAAAAAAGGUAAAGCUUAAUAUAAAUUGGAAAAAAUGAUAGACAAUUUUAGCCAAUCAGUUAAAUUGACGAUUAUAUUUAAGAAAAACCAGAUGGAGGUAAAAUACCAACUAAUCCCUAUUCCUUAGACGUAAUCAAGAAAAUAUUAUAAGAAGGAGUAACACAAUUAUCAGAUCAAGAGUAACCUGGUGUAAUAGAUAAUUUGAAAUUGAUUUAAAAAAUUCUGUCCAAAGUAGUAUAAAAUAUAACUGAUCCUCAAGAAAUUUUUGAUCAUGACCUAAAACCUUAAGAAUAAAUUCAAGUACAAUAAUUUCUAGCAGAAAUCAGUAACCAAAAUGAAUAAGACAUGCUAAAAUUAAUUGAGGAUGUUAACGAUACUGUAGACUUAAUUUAACAAAAGUAAUAAGUUGUUCACAAUAUUGAUAACAAGGAAAUUGAAAAAAAUCCUCUUCUGCUUAAUCUAUUAAAUGAAGAAGAACUAAAAAGAGUAAAGUAGAGAAAUUAGGGCACUAAAAUUCUUACAGAUAAGAUAGAUAAACUUCUAGAAGUAAAGGAUGAUCUGAAAAAAUUCAAAUAGAAUCCAAAUAUGCAAAAUCUAUUAAAAAAACAAUAGAUUGAUUUACUGAAUAAAGAGGAACUUAAAAUAUACCAACGUUUAUUAGAAAUUAUGCCCAAAGAUAAAAGAUAAGGGGAUAAAAUAUUGAUUUAGCAAAGAGAAAUUUAACGUAGACUAGAUGAACUCUAAAAACAAGAGAAAGAAGAAGCAAUUUAAAAAAAAUUGGCUGCAUUUUUACAAGAUCCAUCGUAUGAUAAAUUAUUAUUAACUAAUGAUUUGAUGCAGUUAACUGAUGAUUAAAAAAAGAAAUACUAGGCAGCCUUAGAAGAUUUAUUGCUUAAAGUUCCACAAAGAUAACAAAAAUCAAUUCAAUAAUAGAUUGAUCUCUUAAAAAAGGAUAAUAAGAAAAAGGCAGACAGCAAAAAGAUUGAAAUUUCUAUCUCAGAAAAGUAGAAAAAUCCAUCGAAUGAAUAGCAAUUUAAGGAUGCAUAUAUGCAUGUCAUGAAAUAAUUGGGAGAAGAAGAAGAUGGGGAGGUUUUCUCAAAAAAUUAAUAUAUAAGAGGAUUUUAAUAAUCUUCAACAAGCUAUCAAAUUACUGAUAUUAUACCUGAUGAUUGUUAAAAGUAUUCACAAUAGAGCACAAAAAGGAUAACCAAGUUUUAUGAUUUUUAAGGUUAAAAAUAUAAAGGAUAAACCCUUAAUGAUCAGCCUGAUGGAAUGGGAAUAUUAAGAAAGGAGGGUGUUUCAUCUAUAUACAAGGGUAUUUUUAAGUAAGGCAAAUUCUAUUGGGGAUAAGUUUUGGAGAUGAAUGACGAUGGCUUGUUAACCCAAUAUGUUGGAUAUUAUCAUUAGCAAUAUCAAGUCAAGCACGGGAGAGCAAAAUUGAAGUGGUAUUAGCCAAAAAGAGAAGGAUUAUGUGGAGUGUAUCAGUUUGAUGAUCAUGAUCGUUAUGAAGGAGAUUUUGUAUUGGGCUAUAUUCAUGGAAAGGGAAAGAAGAUUUAUAAAGAUUUAUCUGAGUAUGAGGGAGAUUGGAAGAAGAAUAAGAGAGCAGGACAAGGAAGAUUAACCUUAAAGAACAAAGAAAAGAAAACAAUUACGUAUGAAGGAGAGUUCUAAAAUGAUGUUCAACAUGGAAAGGAUGUUAAGGCCAUACAUCAUCAUCAAACAGGCCAAGAUUUGGUAGUUCAAGGAGAGUAUAGAAAUGGUAAGCCUUGCGGAUAGCAUUAACUAAUCUUCAAUAAAUUACCAUAAAGAUAAAUUGAUUAUUGACU